AUUGUUCCAGCCAUGUCCCCUCCAGCAUCCGCUGCGACAGCCAGUGAGAGCAGCACCACCACUGUGUUCGAGGACGACCCAGACGGCACUAGAGAGGAGCAGAGGCCUGUGAAACAGUCACUGAGCAAGUCCAUGUGCAGAGAGGUGUUCUGGAAAUGCCUGCUGCUGUCUAUGCUCAUGUACGGCUGCAUGGGAGCCAUGGUGUGGUGCCACGUCACCAAGGUCACCCGGUUGACCUUUGACAGUGCCUACAAAGGGAAGUCCAUGAUGUAUCAUGACAGUCCCUGCUCCGAUGGCUACAUCUACAUCCCCCUGGCCUUCCUCAUCAUGCUUUAUGUCGUUUACCUGGUGGAAUGCUGGCACUGUCAUGCCAGAAAUGAGCUUCAGUAUAAAGUCCAUGUGGAGGGGAUUUACGAAAGAGUCCAGAGGAUGCAGCAGGCCAAGUCUUGCAUCUGGUGGAAGGCUAUCAGCUACCACUACGUGCGGCGGACGCGGCAAGUCACGAGGUACCGCAACGGAGACGCGUACACCACCACGCAGGUGUAUCACGAGAGGGUGAACACGCAUGUAGCCGAGGCAGAGUUCGACUACGGCCACUGUGGAGUUAAGGAUGUCUCCAAGCAGCUCGUCGGUCUGGAAAAGUCAGUCAUCACCAAACUGAGGUUCACUAAGUGCUUUAGCUUCGCCAACGUGGAGUCCGAAAACUCUUAUUUGACCCAACGGGCAAGGUUCUUCACCGACAACGAAGGACUAGAUAACUAUAUGGAGGCUCGGGAGGGGAUGCACCUGAAAAACGUAGACUUCAAAGAGUACAUGAUUGCCUUCUCCAACCCCGACCACCAUCCUUGGUACAUCUCCAACUACGUCUUCUGGACAGCGGCCUUUCUUACCUUAUCCUGGCCAUUACGGGUGCUCACGGAGUACCGCACGGCUUAUGUCCAUUACCGUGUGGAAAAGCUCUUUGGUGCCGACUACAUACCUGUGACGCCCUGCGACGAGAGACCUUACUGUAGACGCAUCCCAAGGGUCAACACUAUUGACAGCACCGAAUUGGAGUGGCACAUUCGCUCCAACCAGCAGCUGGUGCCCAGCUACUCCGAGGCGGGUCUGAUGGACCUGGCACAACGUUCAGGAGGUGUCAGACAGAACUGCGAACGCUGCCAUCGCACCAUCAGCAGCUCCUCUGUGUUCUCCCGCAGUGCCCUCAGCAUCUGCAACGGCAGUCCACGGAUCCCCUUCAGCGGGAGUCGCUUCUCCUUGGGAAGACUGUACGGUUCCCGCCGCAGUUGCUUCUGGAGAAGUGGGAGUGGCAGUCUGGACGAACCAGAGAGCCCAAGCGAGAACACGCGAUGCCUGUCCGGACGGAUCAGUGUUGACGAGGAAGACCCACCACCCUACCAGGAUGCGCUGUAUUUCCCGGUGCUUAUCGUCCAUUGCAGUGAGAGUUGCCCCAAUCAUCGCUCCUUCCAUAGGAAUGGCUCUUGCGUGGAGACGUCUUUAUGAUGGACCUCUGUCCACCGAAAGAAGUUCAAAAGACUUGAGAGUUUUUCCGAUAAUGCAGAAAAAUCUCAAUACCAGACGCGUCCUGUUACUCAGGAAUCACUUAUCGGCCCACAACACUGUACGCUUACAACAAUGGAUGGAGCAAUUGAGAAAUAACUCCAGUAAUACAUAUUUAUAGCAAUAAUGCAAA